UCAACAUUUCGGAAAAGUUAUCAUCGGCGUCGAAAUCUGCCGGGAUGUGAACUGUACCGUGAUUGACGGUAUUAUCUACUCUGCCGAUCUUCCCACAACAUUUUCAAACGUCAUGGACCUUGAAUAUUCCGGCUUCAAUUUGAGUAGUUAUAUCAAUACCGAGGAGUUACUACCUAACUAUGUGGACUACGAUCCUCUUGAAGAAAGAUUCUACUUCAUGGAACGGUUUGGCGCUGGAGUGAGCGUAGAUGGCAUGGGUAGAAACGCAGUUUUCUUCGCCAACGGGCAAGACCAAGUGGCUGGAAUGAGGGUACACCCAAUGGAAGGACGAGUUUUCUGGGUCGAACACAGAGGAACUAUACACUCCGUCGAUAAGGACGGUAAUGAUCACAUUGAGUUCGGCCUGGGUGAUGAGCCGGACGGGAGCUCCACGUGCGGAUGCAAAAGUCCCCGGUAUCUUGCGCUUGAACUCGAUGAGAUUAACGACCACCUUUUCAUAUCGACAAGGACAGACAUAUUUCACGUUAUUCGUACCAAUCUUACAGGGGGCGAUAAUCUCACAUUGUCAGAUUUAGAUUGGAUGCCUAUUAGAGAUUUACACUUUGAUGGUGUUCGUCUUUUCUACGCAUCUGGUUUCGGGGAACUAGGACAUAUAAACCCCGACGGUGAGGAGAAAACCAUCUUGUACGUCGCCCCCGGCUCAAACCCUUUGCUAUUCAACAUCGCCAAGUAUGGGGAACUGGUAUUUGUCCACGAAGAUCUAUUCAACACAGAGUUCAACGACUACGCUCUCUCCAUCAUCAACAUCCCUGAUGAAUCCCUGAUUGAGCAGAGGACAGGCUUCGCAACAUCCGAUGGCGAACAUGAGUUUGGGCACAUUGAUCGGUUCCGGGUCCGGCUUCCACCUAAUGCGCAUCCUCCUUCGAUCACCUGCCCGAGCAAUAUGAAUGUCCCCACGGAGAGCGGUCUCGCGACGGCCCGCGUCUCGUGGGCCGAGCCUUCCUAUGCAGACGCGGAGACUGUGUCCUUCCUCAAGUUCUUCGGACCGAAGGAUAACGAUACUGAUUUUCAACUCGGAAACACUAGGCUAACUUACAUGGUUGUCGACGAAGGCGGCAGGACAGCACGAUGUUCCUUCAUCGUUACUGUCUUUGAUGACGAGGCUCCAGUGUUUGAUUACUGUCCACUGAGUUUAACCGUCAUUACUGCUCGAGGCAAUGCGACUGCACACGUGACUUGGCACGAACCUCUGGUAUCCGACAACUCACCUAGACCGGUUGCUGUUGUACCCGCCAUAAACCGAAAUGAUAGCGAAUUCAGUUUGUACCACAGCGGAUCGAUGUCCAAUACCGGAAACAACAUGGAAUUCGAUAUAGGGAUAUAUACCGUACAGUACAAUGCAACUGACGGUGCAGACCAGGAAGCCGACCCAUGCUUUUUUGAAAUACAUGUCAUAGACAUUGAGGAACCGGUUAUAACUGGUUGUCCGCCAUCCAUUACUGUACCCGCUUCAAGGAAAAAGAAACGUGCUACUGUGUUUUGGGAUACACCAAAUGCAACUGAUAAUUCAAAUAAUGUUACACUGACUUUCAACGAGGAACACACCUGGGGCAAUCCUGGCUCGUUUCCCAUUGGAUUCACCAAUCUUUCUUACACAGCCGAAGACGCCUCAGGGAAUAGCGCCACUUGCACGUUCACCAUAACUGUCAUAGAUAAUGAGGAGCCAAUUAUUCGAAACUGUCCACAAUCCAUGUCUGUUCCCAUGAUCGAAGGAGAGAGUUACGCGACAGUGUCCUGGACUGCACCAACCGCAAAGGAUAAUUAUGAUAACACAGUCUCACCUGAAUUCAAUGAACAAAGUGUCUGGAGCAACCCUGGUAACUUUACUGAAGGAAUCACCUCUCUUUCCUACACAGCAGAAGAUUCUGCCGGAAAUAAAGCUACUUGUAUGUUCACCAUAUCAGUUAUUGAUACUGAGGAGCCGGUAAUACAAAAUUGUCCAUCCUCCCAGAGCGUUCCCAUGGAAACUGGUCAGAAUUACGCCAAGGUAUCGUGGAUUGCACCAAAUGUAACGGACAAUUCUGAUAACGUGACACUGACAUUCAAUGAAGAACGCAACUUGACUAAUCCUGACAAUUUUCCCGAAGGAAUUACCUCUCUUUCAUAUACAGCUGAAGAUAUAGCCGGAAAUAAAGCAACUUGCAUGUUCACCAUAUCUGUGAUUGAUACUGAGGAGCCGGUAAUAGAAAAUUGUCCAUCCUCCCAGAGCGUUCCCAUGGAAACUGGUCAGAAUUACGCCAAGGUAUCGUGGAUUGCACCAAAUGUAACGGACAAUUCUGAUAACGUGACACUGACAUUCAAUGAAGAACGCAACUUGACUAAUCCUGACAAUUUUCCCGAAGGAAUUACCUCUCUUUCAUAUACAGCUGAAGAUAUAGCCGGAAAUAAAGCAACUUGCAUGUUCACCAUAUCUGUGAUUGAUACUGAGGAGCCGGUAAUACAAAAUUGUCCAUCCUCCCAGAGCGUUCCCAUGGAAACUGGUCAGAAUUACGCCAAGGUAUCGUGGAUUGCACCAAAUGUAGCGGACAAUUCUGAUAACGUGACACUGACAUUCAAUGAAGAACGCAACUUGACUAAUCCUGACAAUUUUCCCGAAGGAAUUACCUCUCUUUCAUAUACAGCUGAAGAUAUAGCCGGAAAUAAAGCAACUUGCAUGUUCACCAUAUCUGUGAUUGAUACUGAGGAGCCGGUAAUACAAAAUUGUCCAUCCUCCCAGAGCGUUCCCAUGGAAACUGGUCAGAAUUACGCCAAGGUAUCGUGGAUUGCACCAAAUGUAACGGACAAUUCUGAUAACGUGACACUGACAUUCAAUGAAGAACGCAACUUGACUAAUCCUGACAAUUUUCCCGAAGGAGUUACCUCUCUUUCAUAUACAGCUGAAGAUAUAGCCGGAAAUAAAGCAACUUGCAUGUUCACCAUAUCUGUGAUUGAUACUGAGGAGCCGGUAAUACAAAAUUGUCCAUCCUCCCAGAGCGUUCCCAUGGAAACUGGUCAGAAUUACGCCAAGGUAUCGUGGAUUGCACCAAAUGUAACGGACAAUUCUGAUAACGUGACACUGACAUUCAAUGAAGAACGCAACUUGACUAAUCCUGACAAUUUUCCCGAAGGAAUUACCUCUCUUUCAUAUACAGCUGAAGAUAUAGCCGGAAAUAAAGCAACUUGCAUGUUCACCAUAUCUGUGAUUGAUACUGAGGAGCCGGUAAUACAAAAUUGUCCAUCCUCCCAGAGCGUUCCCAUGGAAACUGGUCAGAAUUACGCCAAGGUAUCGUGGAUUGCACCAAAUGUAACGGACAAUUCUGAUAACGUGACACUGACAUUCAAUGAAGAACGCAACUUGACUAAUCCUGACAAUUUUCCCGAAGGAAUUACCUCUCUUUCAUAUACAGCUGAAGAUAUAGCCGGAAAUAAAGCAACUUGCAUGUUCACCAUAUCUGUGAUUGAUACUGAGGAGCCGGUAAUACAAAAUUGUCCAUCCUCCCAGAGCGUUCCCAUGGAAACUGGUCAGAAUUACGCCAAGGUAUCGUGGAUUGCACCAAAUGUAACGGACAAUUCUGAUAACGUGACACUGACAUUCAAUGAAGAACGCAACUUGACUAAUCCUGACAAUUUUCCCGAAGGAAUUACCUCUCUUUCAUAUACAGCUGAAGAUAUAGCCGGAAAUAAAGCAACUUGCAUGUUCACCAUAUCUGUGAUUGAUACUGAGGAGCCGGUAAUACAAAAUUGUCCAUCCUCCCAGAGCGUUCCCAUGGAAACUGGUCAGAAUUACGCCAAGGUAUCGUGGAUUGCACCAAAUGUAACGGACAAUUCUGAUAACGUGACACUGACAUUCAAUGAAGAACGCAACUUGACUAAUCCUGACAAUUUUCCCGAAGGAAUUACCUCUCUUUCAUAUACAGCUGAAGAUAUAGCCGGAAAUAAAGCAACUUGCAUGUUCACCAUAUCUGUGAUUGAUACUGAGGAGCCGGUAAUACAAAAUUGUCCAUCCUCCCAGAGCGUUCCCAUGGAAACUGGUCAGAAUUACGCCAAGGUAUCGUGGAUUGCACCAAAUGUAACGGACAAUUCUGAUAACGUGACACUGACAUUCAAUGAAGAACGCAACUUGACUAAUCCUGACAAUUUUCCCGAAGGAAUUACCUCUCUUUCAUAUACAGCUGAAGAUAUAGCCGGAAAUAAAGCAACUUGCAUGUUCACCAUAUCUGUGAUUGAUACUGAGGAGCCGGUAAUACAAAAUUGCCCAUCUUCCCACAGCGUUCCUAUGGAAGCUGGUCAGAAUUACGCUAAGGUAUCGUGGAUUGCACCAAAUGUAACGGACAAUUCUGAUAACGUGACACUGACAUUCAAUGAAAAAGGCGACUGGAAUAAUCCUGACAAUUUUCCCGAAGGAAUUACCUCUCUUUCAUAUACAGCUGAAGAUAUAGCUGGAAAUAAAGCAACUUGCAUGUUCACCAUAUCGGUGAUUGAUAACGAAGAGCCUGUAAUAAACAAUUGCCCACUUACACAGUCUGUUAGCACGGAUCCAGGCCAGGAUUUCGCUACGGUUUCAUGGGACGAACCUACCGUGAUGGAUAACUUGGAUCAAAACAUUAACCUCACAUUCACUGGGAAUGAGACAAAUGGCGGCAACUUUCCACUGGGAAUAACAUCCCUUUCUUAUAAAUCGAUUGAUGCACAUGAAAACGUAGCAACAUGCAUGUUUUCGAUUGUUGUCAGUGAUAAUGAGGAACCGGUUAUAGACGACUGCCCAUCCUCUGUGACUGUUCAAACAAACAACGGACAGAGUUACUCUACGGUGUCGUGGACUUCACCAAAAGCAAUUGAUAAUGCAAACGAUGUUACACUGACAUUCAAUGAGGUAGACCGCUGGAGCAAUCCUGGUAACUUUACCGAGGGGAGAACUCAUCUUUCCUAUACAGCUGAGGAUGCCGCAGGAAAUAAAGCUACCUGCAUGUUCACCAUAGCCGUUAUAGAAAAAGAGGAGCCAGUUAUACAUAACUGCCCACCUGCCAUUUCUGUACCCAUGGAAACGGGUCAGAAUUAUGCUACGGUGUCGUGGAACGAACCAACUGCAACGGACAAUUCUAAUAAUGUGAUACUAACAUUCAGUGAAGCAGGCGCCUGGAAUAAUCCUGACAACUUUUCUGUAGGAAUCACCUCUCUUUCCUACGUGGCUGAAGAUUUCUCAAGCAACAAAGCGACCUGCAUGUUCACCAUAUCAGUUAAUGAUAACGAAGAGCCUGUAAUAAACGAUUGCCCACUUACACAGUCUGUUAGCACGGAUCCAGGCCAGGAUUUCGCUACGGUUUCAUGGGACGAACCUACUGUGAUGGAUAACUUGGAUCAAAACAUUAACCUCACAUUCAAUGGGAAUGGGACAAAUGGCGGCAACUUUCCACUGGGAAUAACAUCCCUUUCUUAUAGAGCGAUUGAUGCCCACGAGAACGUAGCAACAUGCAUGUUUUCAAUUGUUGUCAGUGAUAAUGAGGAACCGGUUAUAGACGACUGCCCAUCCUCUGUGACUGUUCAAACAAACAACGGACAGAGUUACUCUACGGUGUCGUGGACUUCACCAAAAGCAAUUGAUAAUGCAAACGAUGUUACACUGACAUUCAAUGAGGUAGACCGCUGGAGCAAUCCUGGUAACUUUACCGAGGGGAGAACUCAUCUUUCCUAUACAGCUGAGGAUGCCGCAGGAAAUAAAGCUACCUGCAUGUUCACCAUAGCCGUUAUAGAAAAAGAGGAGCCAGUUAUACAUAACUGCCCACCUGCCAUUUCUGUACCCAUGGAAACGGGUCAGAAUUAUGCUACGGUGUCGUGGAACGAACCAACUGCAACGGACAAUUCUAAUAAUGUGAUACUAACAUUCAGUGAAGCAGGCGCCUGGAAUAAUCCUGACAACUUUUCUGUAGGAAUCACCUCUCUUUCCUACGUGGCUGAAGAUUUCUCAAGCAACAAAGCGACCUGCAUGUUCACCAUAUCAGUUAAUGAUAACGAAGAGCCUGUAAUAAACGAUUGCCCACUUACACAGUCUGUUAGCACGGAUCCAGGCCAGGAUUUCGCUACGGUUUCAUGGGACGAACCUACUGUGAUGGAUAACUUGGAUCAAAACAUUAACCUCACAUUCAAUGGGAAUGGGACAAAUGGCGGCAACUUUCCACUGGGAAUAACAUCCCUUUCUUAUAGAGCGAUUGAUGCCCACGAGAACGUAGCAACAUGCAUGUUUUCAAUUGUUGUCAGUGAUAAUGAGGAACCGGUUAUAGACGACUGCCCAUCCUCUGUGACUGUUCAAACAAACAACGGACAGAGUUACUCUACGGUGUCGUGGACUUCACCAAAAGCAAUUGAUAAUGCAAACGAUGUUACACUGACAUUCAAUGAGGUAGACCGCUGGAGCAAUCCUGGUAACUUUACCGAGGGGAGAACUCAUCUUUCCUAUACAGCUGAGGAUGCCGCAGGAAAUAAAGCUACCUGCAUGUUCACCAUAGCCGUUAUAGAUAAAGAGGAGCCAGUUAUACAUAACUGCCCACCUGCCAUUUCUGUACCCAUGGAAACGGGUCAGAAUUACGCUACGGUGUCGUGGAACGAACCAACUGCAACGGACAAUUCUAAUAAUGUGAUACUAACAUUCAGUGAAGCAGGCGCCUGGAAUAAUCCUGACAACUUUUCUGUAGGAAUCACCUCUCUUUCCUACGUGGCUGAAGAUUUCUCAAGCAACAAAGCGACCUGCAUGUUCACCAUAUCAGUUAAUGAUACUGAGGAGCCGGUAAUACAAAAUUGCCCAUCUUCCCAGUGCGUUCCCAUGGAAACUGGUCAGAAUUACGCUAAGGUAUCCUGGAUUGCACCACAUGUAACGGACAAUUCUGAUAACGUGACACUGACAUUCAAUGAAGAAGGCGACUGGAACAAUCCUGACAAUUUUCCCGAAGGAAUUGCCUCUCUUUCAUAUACAGCUGAAGAUAUAGCUGGAAAUAAAGCAACUUGCAUGUUCACCAUAUCGGUGAUCGAUAACGAAGAGCCUGUAAUAAACGAUUGCCCACUUACACAGUCUGUUAGCACGGAUCCAGGCCAGGAUUUCGCUACGGUUUCAUGGGACGAACCUACUGUGAUGGAUAACUUGGAUCAAAACAUUAACCUCACAUUCAAUGGGAAUGGGACAAAUGGCGGCAACUUUCCACUAGGAAUAACAUCCCUUUCUUAUAGAGCGAUUGAUGCCCACGAGAACGUAGCAACAUGCAUGUUUUCAAUUUUUGUCAGUGAUAAUGAAGCCCCGGUCAUCACCAACUGCCCGUCCGCUCAGACUAAAACUUCAGAGGUCGGAGCUGAAACAGCAACAGUUCAUUGGCCCGAGCCCAUCGAAUCUGAUAAUUCCGGAAACGUGACACUGGACUUGAGUCAUAACAGCGGAGAUUCAUUCCCCAUAGGCCAGACCGUUGUCACAUACACAGCGCGAGAUUUAAGUGGGAACAUGGCAACAUGUACCUUCGUUAUAUUGGUGACGGCUCCACCCGGGUGUGUAAACGAUGGUGAGUGCGGAGAAGCAGAAACUUGUGUGCAGAGGGAAUGCCAAUGCGCAACCGGCUUCAUUCGACUCAACGGUGCUAACAGUUCUUGCACAGCUGUGAACAUGUAUACAGUACAAGUAACCGCCCUCGCGGAGAACAACGUCGAGUAUCAAUUCUCGGCCGAGUUGAAUGAUCCCAAUUCUCCUGAAUUUCAAGAAGUCGCCAAUGCUUUCAUAGUCGUGAUGAUGGAAAACACCCAGAACAUUUACGAUAUUCAAGUUAAUCAGAUUAUGAGCGGGAGUCUCAUCUUUCUAGCCGACGUCACUACCGGGCCUUCUACAACGAUGUCCCAACUUGAACAAGACAUACAGAAUGCCAUUCAAACUGGCUCUGCUACGGCAGGGCCCACCACCAUAUUUUUUGUUCCCAACGACACAGUCAUAUCUGAUAUCAAUGAAUGUGCUAGCUCGACAACCAACGAUUGUUCGCCAAAUGCCGACUGUACCAAUAUGGAUGGGUCUUACACCUGCACCUGUCACUAUGGUCACACUGAUUCAUCACCGGCUGGAGUUGGUCCCGGUAGAGUAUGUGAAUUCACUUCCGCUGGUAGCGUGCUGGGUGUGGGCGGAUUGGUUGGGCUUGCUGUGGGAGCUUGUGUUCUUGUUGUCAUAUUCUUCUUCUGCUGUCUCAUUGCUAUGAGAAGAACGAACUACAAAGAAGAAGCGUUAAAGAGAGAUGACCCAGUUCGUUUAUCGUCAUUUCGUCCUAGACGCGAAGGUGAUGUCUUUCGGCAUAAUAGCGACAAAGGCAAUUUCUUCCGCCCCUAUAUAGCCCCAGGUAACUCCCGGUCGGAAUACAUGUGAUGAUCAAGUGUCGUGCUCGUCUUAAAUAAUUAUUCAAAUGUUUCGUGUCUUGAAACAAUUACACCAUGAGAGAAAGUGUUGAUUAAGUGUGAAGUCCGACCUCGUUAUAUUUUUACUAUGCAGAUAUUCUGACGUCAUAAGAAAACAGUUAAAUGAUCCAAUCGUAUUAGGUAAGAGUAACUCUCCAAGCAGUGGCUCCCGUGAGUCAUGGCAAAGGGGGGGGGGGGCUGCUGACUAUCGAGUUUUCUGAACAUAUUGUAUCUAUAUAAACACAUGAGAGCGCGGUGAGCGAAGAAAACUUGACUUUUUUUUUAUUGUUUCGAGAACAGAGUCCAUGAGAAUGUUGAAAUGCGUUAUGUUGCUCGAUCAGCAAAUAACCUUUAUUCAUCUGGGGGAAUGCUUCAGACUGCCAAAGUUACCUCACCCCUGGUAGAUCGUAGAAACUUUCCUCGGUAGUUUUUGUAUAAAAAGCUGACCUUAGAAUUUGAUUGCGAUAUUAAUCACAAUAUCCUCUAAGUAUAAAUUUUUAUUUUUUUUCAAAUUUUUUCUCUAUUUUUUUUUUUUUUUUUUUUUUGGGGGGGGGGCAAAUUUUACGUCAUUGCAAUAACGUUAUAAAGGGAAAGUAGAGGCCUUUAGACUAAGCCAUCUGGAUAUAUAUAUAUAUUUUUUUUUUUUUAUUAUAUAUAUACAUCAAUUAAGUUCACAUUUUGAGAGAAAGGAGUCGUGCCAUCUAUAUCUUUUAAACUCAUUUAUUGAUAUCAAUUACCAUCAUCAUUUAUAUAAUUGAAUUUGUAUAUUACAUGAAUUGACUAUAUGCUAAAUGCUAUUGGUGAACAGUAUAGAAACUGAGUGUUAUAUGAUUAAAAUCAUUAUACUAAAUAGAAGUGGAAAAUAUUUCGUAGCACGAUACACUACCAGGUCCAUGAGGUAAAAGAAAUUUCUUACUGAUCUUAAAAUCCUGAAUGAAUGUGUUUGAAUAAUUAAAUGAACAAACUGAUUGAUGCAUUGACCAUGCUGUUAAAAAUUAAUGAUUGAAUAAAUGAAUUAAUAGAUAGAUGAAUAGGUAUACGUUUUAUGACUUUAAUGAAAUAUAAUGAGAAAUUAAUUGAUAUAUAUGUAUGCUCUUUAUAAAAGAAAAAUUCGCCUUGCUCAAAUCAAUGAUAACCAUCAGUUUUAUUCUAAAAGUGAAAAUGCGUUGGACACAGUGAAAAAAAAAAUCUUUUUUUAUAUAGAACACUUGGAAUUUUUAUUAUUAUUUUCACGUCAAGAACAUCAGAUUGGCAUUGAUAUUAUAUUUUAUGAUGCAAAUUUCAUUUAACGUUUGUAGAUUAAAUGCAUAGAAAUCAUACACCGAGAUCCCCAAGAGAUGCUUUGAAAGCAAGGGUUUCAUUUACUGACAUUCCCAGCAAACUGUUGAAUGUCCUUGAUUUAUUAAGCAAAGUAGAAGAAAUCGCAAAAACGUUCCUCUUAUGCCAUGGGUUAGCGCUUCUUUGUUAAGAUCCAUUUAAAAAAAGUUGUAUUAUUCGUAAAAAGUGCGUGGAACUGAAUCUUCACGUAAACGUUAUGUGAAUUAUAAAAAAUAGUCUUACUUCAAUCCUUAGUACUGCAAAGAAGUCAUAUUAUCGCAACCAAUUUCAAGCAACAAAAAACAAUAUCAAGGAAACUUGGAAAGUGAUUAAGAAAGUAUCUAAGUCAAAGGAAAAGAUAUCUCAUGUAAAAAGUACUAAAAUUAACGGUCAUUUUGUGGAAGAAAGGACAAUUAUAGUAGACAAUUUUAAUGAUUACUUUUCAGCAUUGAUCCAAACCUUUCACGGGCAGAAACGCUUUCUCAGCAGAAUUACAGAGAUUUUAUGAAAGAACAAAAUGGUAAAAGUUUAUUAUUCUUACCAGUACGUAGUUCGGGUAGAAUUCCUUACCAUUGUGAAAUCUUUAGAAAAACGGAAACUUAAUUAAAGAAAUUAUAUUAGGAAUUAUUCAACACCUACUUCAUGUCUUCAAUCUAUCAAUGUCACAUGAGGAAGUUCCUGCUGACAUGAAAAUAGCUAGGGUCGUGCCCACUUUUAAGAAAGGAGACCUUCAUUGCCUUACUAAUUACAGACCUAUUUCUCUUUGACUGUAUUCUCAAAGAUUGUUGAAAAAGUGAUUAAUGUUAGAACUUUGAAUUUUUGUCAACAAGAGUAAACACACCACCACCCAUGCCUUGCUACAUUUUAUUGAUAAAGUAUCACAAUCCAUAGAUUUAAAAAAUGCAUACAAUUGGUAUAUUUUUCAUUAUUCGAAAGCUUUUGACAAAGUAGAUCAUGAUAUUUUGAUUGGCAAGUUAUCACCUUAUGGUUUCAGGGGUACAGCAUUUGACUGGUUCAAGAGUUACUUAGCUGACAGGAACAAUUUGUCUCGAUAAAAGGGGUAGAGUCAGGUUUACAGAAUGUCACUUGUGGUGUUCCCAGGGAUCUCUCCUUGGUCCCUUGUUGUUAGUUGUGUAUAUUAAUGAUUUUCAUUAUUCCUCUGAUAUUUAAUCUUUCAUUAUAUUUGAUGAUGAUUCAAGUUUGUAUUGUUCCCACAGAAAUCCCAAGCCCCUUAAAAACGGUUAAUAGUGAACUGUGAAAAAGUCACGAUUUGCAAGCAAAUAAAUUAUCUCUAAAUUUGCAGAAAACAAUUUAUAUGCUCUUUAGCAACACGAUUAGAGAAGUUCCGGAUGAUGUUAAAUUUUAAUGACGUGUUGAUAGAUAGAGUUAAGACGACGAGGUUCCUGGGGUUACACAUAGAUGAAAAACUGAUUUGGAGAACCCAUAUAAAUCAUCUCUUUAAGACAGAAUAAAAAAAGUUGUGUGAUAUACACACUGAAAUUAUUUUUUUCUACUGAUAUAUGAUGUAUUCAACAUUAAUUCUCCCGUAUCUCAAUUACGAUGUCCUUGCAUGGGGUAAUUCUCUUAAAACCAAUCUUGAAAGGGUGUACUUGAUUCAAAAAGAGUUUUAAGAAUUGUUUGUAACGUUAACUAUCGCUCGCAUACUACCACACUUUUUAAUAAGCAUAGAAGUCUAAGAUUACAAGAUAUCUGUGAUUUUCAACUUGGUUCUCUAAUGUAUGCAUACAAUGCAGGCAUCAUGCCACCAGCUCUGGUUACAAUGUUCAUGAAAAAUAGUGACAUACACAACCAUUAUACACGAAAUGCUUCUGCAUUCCACUUACCCAAGUUACGUGCAAGCUUUGCUUUUAGGACGUUGUAAGUACUGGACCUAGGUUCUGGAACUCUCUCAAUUCAAAUAUAAAAAAACGGUAAGAAUUCAUACUUUUCAGCGUGUACUUAAAGACUAUCUUCUUAAUUGUUAUUUGUGAGUUGCUCUAGCUUAAGAUAUGUUUUUAUAUACCAUUUUAUUUUACUUUUGGAGCCUAUAAAAAGUGUAUAGAAGACUGGAUAAUGUUAUGAUAUAUCAAUAUCUAUUUAUCUUGUAUCUUGUCUAACUGGAUUCUUUUGCAGAGGGUAAGUCCAUCUUUUUCCUUUUUGUAUUCUUUUCUUGUAUUAUUUUACCUUUGUCAUGUUUUGUUUUUACGUUGCUACUAUUAUUGGUUCUUACAUUCUUCCUUUUUUAUGUCAUGUUAUCCAAACUUAUUUCGUUUUUCAUCAUAUAUCACUUAAUUAUAUUGUUUUUAGUGUAUUACUCUUAAUAAUUGUACAUUCAAGCAAUGUAUUCUAGUUUUUGUCAUUGUUUAGUGUUUUUUUUUUUUUUUCGUUUUGUUUUUUUAGUUUUAAAGAUAUUACAUGUAUAAACAUGUAAAAAAAAAUACUAUUCAGUCAUGUACUUGAAACAAAGGAGACCCUAGCCUUACAAGCCCUGCUUUUUCAGGGGUUCUCCUUGUCUUUCGUUCAAUACGUAAUUCGUUAUUUGCUGUGUUCCUUUCUCUACUGUAACAAUGGUUUAUGAUUAACUGAUUUUCAUUUGUAGAAAGUGAAAUCACACUUGUAAGACAAAAUGUAUGUGCAGAAAGAAAGACGAAUUAAUAUAUUGUCUUAUCUUAUUUGUUUAUAAUUUCAUGUUUACUUUUUCAUAUAUAUUGCUAGUUAAAGGGGUGUUUGAACGGUGUGAGAGAGAGAGAGAGCGUGGGUGUAUGUGUGUGGGCGGUCCGUGUGUGUGUUUGUGUGAAAGAGAGUAGGCAGGCUAUGGAAGGUAAUCAAUUUUCCUCUUUUUUUCAAAUUAAGAUAGCUGAUUCCAUUAUAUUACUUGUGUUGUAUAUCAUGCUUAAACUAUAAUAUCGAAAAAUGAAAUAAGAAAUGUAAAAUGUUAAAAUGGUUAAGUUUUUUAAAUGUUUUUGUUUUCUUUAAUCUUAGUGGUAUCGGAUGAACAGAGGGUGUACCCUAUUUACCAUUAGCUCUCAGGGAAGUGUUAUGUCUAUCAUACACAAUGAAAUGAAUUAAUAUUGAUAAGGAAGUCGUCUGUUUUUUACUUUGUGACUCAGUGAAUAUGUCUCCGUAUAUUGAACUACAAGGCCCGGGGUUCAGAUCCCACCGAAGCAGGGCCGUUAUUUCGAUUUGUCACUCUCCACCCAUGUGGAGUAACGGGUGCCCGUUAGGAAAGAAUUCAUUGAAUGCUUGAGCGCCCGAUCAGAGUAGCCUUGCUGAACCCUGCAUAAUUUAACAGUGCAGCGCAUCUUAAGGAACACUGUAUUAAACGCGGUGUUGAAUAUAAUAUUGUUAUCAUUAAUGUAUACAGCAGCAUUAUUCAUUAUAAUUUUUUUAAUCGGUGUAAAGGGUAUAAGAUUUCAGAAAUGUAUUAGACAUGCCAUAUCUGUUUCAUGUUCAGGAUAUUUUUGUGUUCCUUUAAAAAGUAGGCAGGGAAUAUCACUAUUCGUUUUGCAGGGUAUUUUGUGAAGAGGGUCAAUUUUAAUGUUGUAGCAAGCACCCUAAAUAACUUUUUGUGCUUAUAAUCGUAUUAUUUGCAUUUUUUUCUCAAAGAAAUAGUUAACAUUACAAAGAAUUUUGAAUACCGAA